AUGUCGACAACUCGCGCGCCGCAUGCUCUUGAUUACGACUCGUAUCACUAUUUUGCUGUCACCCUCUUCUCUGUCUCAUCCCUCGAGAACUUGAUUUCUAACCUCCCAGAUAAAAUAGAUUAUGUUGGACAAAUCGGUGAAUUGAAGGAUGCAAUUCUUGUAAAAUGUGAGAAAAGUGACGUUGACAUCGAGGAGACAAGAAGAACGUUGAAGACGAUUUCAGGUGUGGAGAAUGUAGAGCAUCAGUGCUUGGCCGAUUGGGAUGAGAAUUGGAAUGUGGUCAACACUUGA